CGCACCCCAUCUACCCACGUGGUGGCGAAACCACUGGUGACCACGUGGACAUCCUGGGAGCCUUAGCCAUGAAUCAGGAUCUUCUGCGUAUAGCUGGAGGUCAGUCAUUGGACGAUAGUUUUACAUCGAAGAUACAAGAGAUAAGCGAUGCGAUACACGCGCGCCUGCAGAAAUCCUUGACGGAAAGCGCAGGUGACGAGUGCUCGUCGGAGAGAGACUGUCCUGUUAAGGAGGAACAAUGA